AUGCGAAUGAGCCCCAGCCCUCAAUGGCGACUAGUGCGCUCGCUGGUGCCUUACAGCUGUCGUCCCGGAAAAUCGGACCUGGGCACGGGUGCACAUCUCCGGACAGCAACAGAUUCUCCCAGAUCUACACUGACUGUGACACCAAAGACUAUAUUCACUGGAGAGACAGUCAAUCUGACGUGUGUUAUAGAGUCUGAUCACAGUAACUGGAGAUAUGAGUGGUUUAAAGACAGUGUAAUGUUACAGACGUCUGAUCGUUACACUGUAAACAGAGAGACACUCACUUUCAGAGGAGCUACUGAGUCUGAUCAGGAUUCACCCAGAUCUACACUGACUGUGACACCAAAGACUAUAUUCACUGGAGAGACAGUCAAUCUGACCUGUGUUAUAGAGUCUGAUCACAGUAACUGGAGAUAUGAGUGGUAUAAAGACAGUGUAAUGUUACAGACGUCUGAUGGUUACACUGUAAACAGAGACACUCUCACUAUCAGAGGAGCUACUGAGUCUGAUCAGGGUCAGUACUGGUGUAGAGGACAGAGAGAUGAAAGACCACAAUCAUCACAGGACAGUAACCGAAUUAAUCUGUCUGUUAAUGAUUCACCCACAUCUACACUGACUGUGACACCAAACUAUCCUGUAUUCACCGGAGAGACAGUCAAUCUGACCUGUGUUAUAGAGUCUCACAGUGACUGGAGAUAUGAGUGGUAUAAAGACAGUGUAAUGUUACAGACGUCUGAUCGUUACACUGUAAACAGAGACACUCUCACUAUCAGAGGAGCUACUGAGUCUGAUCAGGGUCAGUACUGGUGUAGAGGACAGAUAAGAUCAGUCUCAUCACAAUCAAGCUCUACUGUUUCUCUCUCUGUGAAGGCUUUACCCAGAUCUACACUGACUGUGACACCAGACAGUCCUGUAUUCACUGGAGAGACAGUCAAUCUGACCUGUGUUAUAGAGUCUGAUCACAGUGACUGGAGAUAUGAGUGGUUUAAAGACAGUGUAAUGUUACAGACGUCUGAUGGUUACACUGUAAACAGAGACACUCUCACUAUCAGAGGAGCUACUGAGUCUGAUCAGGGUCAGUACUGGUGUAGAGGACAGAGAGAUGAAAGACCACAAUCAUCACAAUCAAGCUCAGCUGUUUCUCUCUCUGUGAAAGUUGAGUUGAAUUUCAUUGUCCUCAUAAACUCUCUGUAUUACAUAUUUGAUAAUUUAUUCAGACAAGACAUUUGUGCUGAAUCUACAAACUCCUGA